AGGAGGAGAGGGAGGAGGAGGGAGGCCGGCUCCUCGCCGCCUCUUGUGUUUUCGCCCCCUUCCCGGCCCAGCCCCGGCCCCUCUCCUCUCGCAGCGGGGCGGCGGCGGGGGGGCGAGGCCGCAGCGGCGCCCGAGCUGCCCGCGGUAGCCCUGGGAGGGGCCUGGGCCGCCGCCUCUGGACUAGGAUGUCCCGACAUGAAGGUCAGAUUUGGUCUUCCCCCAUCACUUCUGCCACUUCCUGGUGCCAGAUUCUUUUUGGGAGGCAAUGUUUCUUGUCUUGACUGACAAGAGGUGCUGUCUCUGGUGUCAGCUGUGAUGCAUGUUUAAAAGGAAAUUUUCGAGGUCGCCGAUACAAGUGUUUAAUUUGCUACGAUUACGAUCUAUGCGCAACUUGUUAUGAGAGUGGUGCAACGACAACGAGACAUACAACUGACCACCCAAUGCAGUGCAUACUAACAAGAGUAGAUUUUGAUUUGUACUAUGGUGGAGAAGCUUUCUCUGUAGAGCAGCCACAGUCCUUUACUUGUCCUUAUUGUGGGAAAAUGGGUUAUACGGAAACAUCUCUUCAAGAACAUGUUACUUCUGAGCAUGCAGAAACAUCAACAGAAGUGAUUUGUCCAAUAUGCGCAGCAUUACCUGGCGGGGAUCCAAAUCACGUAACAGAUGACUUUGCAGCUCAUCUUACACUGGAACACAGAGCUCCUAGAGAUUUAGAUGAAUCCAGUGGCGUUCGGCAUGUACGUAGGAUGUUCCACCCAGGCCGGGGUUUGGGAGGCCCCCGUGCACGUAGAUCAAACAUGCACUUUACUACCAGUUCCCCUGGUGGGCUUUCAUCUUCUCAGAGUUCCUAUUCUCCAAGCAAUAGAGAAGCCAUGGAUCCUAUAGCUGAGCUUUUAUCUCAGCUAUCAGGUGUGAGGCGUUCUGCAGGAGGACAGCUCAACUCCUCUGGCCCUUCUGCUUCUCAGUUACAGCAGCUGCAGAUGCAACUGCAGUUGGAACGACAACAUGCACAGGCAGCAAGGCAACAACUGGAGACUGCACGCAAUGCAACCAGACGCACCAACACGAUCAAUGUCAACACCACUAUGACACAAUCUACAACAACCACCAACACAUCUAACACAGAAAACAGUCAGCAGACUAUCCAGAAUUCCCAGUUCCUUCUUACAAGGUUGAAUGACCCGAAGAUGUCGGAAGCGGAGCGUCAGUCAAUGGAAAGUGAACGGGCAGACUGCAGCCUGUUUGUUCAGGAGCUUCUACUGUCCACUUUGAUGCAGGAAGAAAGUUCCUCCUCAGAUGAGGAUGAGCGGGGGGAGAUUGCAGAUUUUGGUGCUAUGGGCUGUGUAGAUAUUAUGCCUCUAGAUGUUGCUUUAGAAAACCUAAAUUUAAAAGAGAGUAAUAAAGGAAACGAGCCUCCUCCACCUCCUCUUUGAUGACAUCCCACUUUGCAGACAAUGUCCUCUGUGCUGUAUUUGCCAAUGAAAGUGGACAACAACUAUCUUGGGUUUGUUUUGGUGAUUGUAAUUUCAGGUCUGUCACUCUUGUUACAUUGUGUACAUUCAAAAGAAAGAGAGAAAAGAUAUAUAUGAUAAUCAUUUCCACUUAACUAAUUUUUACUUCUAGCAGGUAAAUGUAGGUUGCAGUGCAGAGCAGAAAGCUCUGUGUCCUGUACCUUGACAUGCAAAAGGCUCUCCUAAUACUCCACAUUCAAACUGAAGAGGAAAAAAAAAAUGAAAAAUCUCUAAUGAAGCUGCUGUGUGUAUUUAUGAAUAUUAAUGAAUAAAAACUGCUUGGAUGGUUUACCUUAA